AUGGCCGCCUCGAUCAAGAACCACCGCGGUUCAGACAACAACAGCAUGACCACCGCCGACCAGGUGCAGCCGUACAUUGACGAGCUCUCGAGCAACCCCGAGGCCAGCCCCGGCCGUCUGCUCGGCAUGGCAGUUCGCGUUGCCAGCGUGCCGAUCAUUCAGCAGGUGCUUGCCUCGCCGAACGUGCCCUCCCCGAACCUCCCAGUCGGACCCAACACAACCGCCACGGCGCUGCAUGUUGCUGCCGAGAUCGGCCGUCCGGAAGCUGGUGAGUUGACGAGAGCUUUUGGUGAAGCUGACUUUCCAGUGGAGCUGCUGCUCAACGAUCCCCGCAUCGAUGACACCAUCAAGGACGACCGGGGCCGCUCGCCGCUGGAGUGCGCCAGCAACUCCGAGGUCGCUGGCCUGAUCGAAGACUCCCGCGCCGCUCUCCAGGUCCGUUACAUGUCGCUGCUGGCCGCGUACGUUGCGAGCCCCCUGUCCUCCGCCGAGGAGGCCAAUAACAUUGUCAAGUUCCUCGACCAACCUCGCGCUGAGAACGUCAACCUGAACGCCCUCGAUGACCGUACCGGCACUUCGCUUCUGCAUGAGGCCGCGCGCCGCCGCGACUUACGCCUUGUCGAGAUGGCGGUCAAGCGUGGCGCCGAUGUCUUCGUCCGCGACCGACGUGGUCGCAGGGCUCUCGAGGGCGACAAGGGCGCCGACGAGCGCAUUCGGGCGUACCUCAAGCAAUUCAGCAACCAGGAGACGAUCGUGCAGCUGAAGAGCGACGGACGGCCACCCGACCUCAAGGGCUUCCUGAGCAAGUGGGUCAACUACCGCCAGGGCUGGCAGACGCGCUGGUUCGUCCUCGAGAACGGUGUCUUAAGCUACUACCGCAACCGCGAGGACGAGCAAAUUGCAUGCCGUGGUUCCAUUGCGCUCGCGACGGCGUACCUCUCGCCCUCGCAGGACGGCACCCGCUUCGAGGUCUCCUCCGCUGUUACCACCUCGGUGCCCAAGAUCCUCGUCAAGUCGAGCCUCCGCGGCGAGAUCGCGCGCUGGAUCCAGGCUAUUAGGCUCAACAUCGAGUUCUACCAGAAGGGCCGCAAGCAGCUGAAGCCCGCCAUUUCGGACCGCUCGGAUGCCCGCUCCGUCUACGCGACAAGUGUUGCGCCCUCGGCCGCUCCCACGUCCGAUCGCGCCCUGGGUUCGACUCUCAGCGACCUUCCUCCGACCGACCAGUUCCUGCACCCGAGCCUGAACCGCUCGGCGACCGUCAUGAGCCGUCUCAGUGGCAAGAGCGAGAAGGGCUCGCGACGGAGCCGCAUCAAGAACAAGUUCACCAGGUCGAAGCAGCCGCGCGAGACGGACGGCAACACUACCGGUAGCGACGAGGUGUUGGAUGCUGACUCGUCGACCGGUGGCGACGACGACGAGGCACAGGACGACGGCACUCUCCCGCACGAGUCCGAGUUUGAGCUUAGCAUGCUCAACCUCAAGGCCCAGCUUGAGCUUACGGGGCAGCUGGUCGACUCCAUCGUGACGCCUCCGAGCACCCCGGACGUGACUGCGUCGGCUGCCGCUUCGCGCCAAUCGCAGGUCAAGCAGACGCUGCGUGAGUCGCUUAAUAUUGUGAACCAGCUCGUCAGCAACCGUCACACCAUGACGCUCGACCGCGAGCGCUACCUCAUCAACCGCAUCAAGCGCGAGGUUCAGGCUCGCAAGCUCUGGGAGGAGAACUUGCUCGCCGUCGCGCAGCAGCAGGCCGAGACGGAUCGCCAGCUCCAGGAAGCGGCUAAGGAUAACGAGAAGAAGCGUCGUGCGCUUAAGCAGGCUCGCACCGCGCUCGCCGACCUCACCAGCCAGCCUGGCUCGCCCUUGCCCGACGCCGGCUUCGUUGACUCGCCCAUGUCUGAGCACGGCGCUGGUCCUCUGGGCGAGGGUACAAAGUCGCCCACGAACGUCGAGUUUGGAGUUCUCCCCGCCACUGUUCGCUCCGCCGCCGGCAACCGCACCUCGUCCAUCAGCAUGCGCAACUCGAUGUCUCGCCAGUCGCGCCGCUCACUGUCGAUCCAGGAGCUCCACGACGCUGUUGCCUCGGUUGAUGACUCGGACGACGAUGACGACGAGUUCUUCGACGCGAUCGAGAGUGGCACCAUCCCCAACCUUCGCGCUUACGACUCCAUUGUCGACCCGGCGGCUCGCGAGGUUUCGACCCCUGAGCCCUCGCCUUCGACUUCUGCUGCCGUCGCCCCCGAGAACGGUGGCGCUGUCGUGAAAAAGCCUCACACCAUCACCGAGUACCUCGCUCGCCCCUCUCUCGAGCCGUACAACCACGUCCGCAGCAAGCUCCCCAUCGACGACGACAAGCGCCCGUCCGUUUCGCUCUGGUCCAUUCUCAAGUCGUCCAUCGGCAAGGACCUCACCAAGAUCUCGUUCCCCGUUUCUUUCAACGAGUGCACAUCCAUGCUGCAGCGCAUGGAAGAGGACAUGGAGUUCGACACCUGUCUGACGGUCGCGUCCAAGGAGGAGGACUCGCUGAAGCGUAUCGCAUUCGUCGCUGCUUUCGCCAUGUCCAACUACUCGUCCACGAUCGGCCGUAUCGCCAAGCCCUUCAACCCGAUGCUGAACGAAACGUUCGAGUACGCCAUCCCGAACCGCUACCGCUACGUGUCUGAGCAGGUGUCGCACCAUCCGCCUAUCAGCGCGUGCUACUGCGAGGCUCCUACCUGGAAGUACUACGGCGAGGUUGACGCCAAGAACAACUUUGCCGGUCUGUACUUCGAGAUCAGGCCGACGGGUGUCGCGCACGCGGAGCUCAUCAUCCCUAAGGAGUUCGUCAAGCCUGGCCUCGAGUAUCCCCCUGCCGGACCCGAGUACCCCGAGGGCUACGUCGUCGAGCACUAUUCAUGGAAGAAGGUCGUCACGAACGUGUCCAACUUUAUCAUGGGCAACCCCCUCAUCGACCACUACGGCGACCUUGUCGUCACCAACCACCGCACGGGCGAGACGUGUACUCUUACUUUCAAGCCUCGUGGCCGUCGCGGCGCGACCGCGUUCCAGAUCAAGGGCCGCGUCGACGAUGCGCACGGGAAGGAGCAGUGGGAGAUCGCGGGCCGGCCUGGAGCAGUACCUCUGCCCCACGGACUGCCGUCUGCGUACAGACCAGCGUGCCUUCGAGAACGCGGAGUACGACCGCGCCCAAAUAGCGCAAACGAAGAGAAGCAGCGCGAGACCCGCCGUCUCCGUGCCGAGGGCAAGCUCCCGCCCCACGAGCCGAGGUGGUUCACCGCCGUCACGGAGCCGGACACAUCGGAGCGUCUCUGGGAGCCGAAGCGCGCCGACGAUGGAGAGGUCAAGUUCUGGGCCGAGCGCGAGGAGCAGGGUCAGAAGCCGCCGGAAGCGCGCUGGGCUGAUGUCGACCACAUCUUCGCCGACGACUAG